AUGACUCAAAUUGAUACAGUUCCCGGCGCAGACAUCAAGCCAUGGCUUCGUCAUCCUCCCAAGAAGCAUCUCUUUAUUCACGCCAACAUCAUCGAUGUCUCAACAGGCAACAUCCUCAAAGGCGCAUCGCUGUCCACAAAUAACGGCAAAAUUGAGACCGUUUACCCCUCAACACCUGACCGAUAUCCCGAUGGCUACAACAUCGUGGACUGCAAAGGCCGAUACCUAUGCCCAGGUCUAUUCGAUGCGCACGUUCAUCUCUGUGCGACACCUGGUUUCACAGACCUAUCUCGCGUCUUUGGGAACCCCAAUGACAUUUCUCUGUUGCGACAGCCAUAUGUCGCUUCACAAAUGCUCUACCGUGGCUUCACAUCAGUCCGUGAUUGCGGUGGCGCUCAACUUCCACUGAAGGAGGCCAUUGAAGAGGGUGUUUUCCCCGGCCCCCGUCUGUUCAUCUCAGGUCACGCGCUUUCGCAAACAGGUGGCCACGGUGACUUGAGAAGUUCUUACGAGAAGCAUGAAUGCUGCGGCGGACACGCUAUUGGGUCUUUGGGCCGUAUUUGCAACGGCGUACCCGAGUGCAUGGCUGCUGUUCGCGAUGAGGUUCGUUGUGGAGCGGACUUUAUCAAGAUUAUGGGCUCUGGUGGCGUUGCAUCACCGACCGACAAGCUGGAACAGCUGCAAUUCACCACGUCGGAAAUCCAAGCAAUGGUGGAGUGUGCCAACAACGCUGGCACUUUCGUCACAGCGCACGCAUAUACCACUAAGGCUAUAAGACAUUGCAUCGACAAUGGAGUCAAGGGCAUCGAGCAUGGUAACUUUGUUGAUGCCCCGACAGCUCGCCUCAUGGCUGAGAAAGGCGUCUAUCUCACUCCAACACUCAUCACUUAUGCGCAAAUGGCCACCGACAAGUGGAAGAACUUCUUACCUCCUGAGUCGCAAGUCAAGAACGCGCAAGUCUUGAAAUCUGGCCUCGAAGCUCUCCGCAUUGCUUCAGAAGCUGGUGUAACAAUGUGUUACGGUAGCGAUCUCCUUGGCCCUCUUGGCUCUGCUCAGACACAAGAGUUCUCUCUGCGAUCUCAAGCACUAAAGCCUCUUGAGAUAUUACGAAGCGCUACGGUGAAUCCUGCUAAGAUGAUGGGGUGCGAGACCACUCUGGGUCAGCUGAAGGAGGGUUUCCGGGCGGAUGUUUUGAUCAUGGAUAAGAACCCGUUGGAGGAUAUUGAGAUCUUUGACCAUCCGGAGAAGUACAUCUUGGCUGUUAUGAAGGAUGGUUUAGUCUAUCGCAGUCAGUUGGAGUCUCUGGAGGUUGAUGGUGGGGUCCCGAUUAGAUUCAAUUCGGUACUGUAG